CGUCGCCGCCUUCUAGCGCUUAGCCGGGAGACUCACCGGCUGCCGCUCCAUAGAAGGCCGCCACGAGCACCGUGGUGGUUCUCAGCCGCAGGGACGUGGUGGUGGCGCCGGUGAAGCACGGGCCAUCAAGUUUCCUUUACGGCGAGGUCAGUGUUUUUGUUUUGUUUUUCCAUUUUUUAGAUAUAUAUUUUUUCCUUCUGUCGUCUACGUGUUUGCUAUUGCAAUGCUUAUUGUCUUCUUUCCUUGAGGGCUAUUCUUCUUCUCCUUCUUCUAUUUUGUUUUUGUUUUUGUUUUGGCUGUGGCGAUUUCCGUUCAUUCAUGAAUUAUUCCAUGACUUAUUGAGCAUCGCUUGAUUUGAUACAAUACACCCGAACAAGCUACGCGAAAAGAAUUGCAAUUUACGUUUACCACGAUGAAAUUGGGAGUAGAAAUUUAAGGUUUGUUUUAUUGUGGAGCACUGCUGAUGAUUGAACCAAGUGAAGAGAUAAUGCAGGGGAACUGUUAGUAGGUUGCAGGUACAGAAUUCUGGAUCUCCAACAGCUUACGGUAAGGAAUUGAAAUCUCAAUUUGGUGUUUUUUUCCUUGGAAAAGAGAACAUAUAUACGCACUUAAGAUGACAGCAAGAAAAAGUUGUUGCGUAGAUUCUUCACUAAGACAUGAUAGAUCAUUAAAGAAUCAUCCCGUAUGAUGCAAGAACUAUCUACUAGGGGGCUUGUUCCGCAGCAUUUUCCUCAAUAACUUAAGUCUCUGAGAACAAUGAUCUUCCACAUCGUCUUCCUUUCAAUCCCAGAGGGAGUAAAUCCAUUUAAGAACUUGUAGAUAGCUUCUGAUAUAGGAAUUCAAGGACAGGAGCACAGGUUCAUUUACCAUGGGCAUCAACCAGGCCAAUCAAAUUCAAAGCAAUCAGGCAUAUACACACACACACACACACAAAUAUAUAUAUAUAUAUAUAUAUAUAUAUAUAUAUAUAUAUAUAUAUAUAUAUAAUAUUUUUCUAUCAUAUAUUUUUAUUAAACUGCAGUCAGCAAUUGAACUGUGAUCCAAUCAAUCACCUGCUUGAGGCUUAGCUGCCAAAGUGACCAGUUGGGUUUUGUUGACACAUUAAAUUUGUGAAACUUGUAAAUACUCUUAUACCAUCAUAACUGCAGUGCUGUAUCGGAGACCACAUUAAACACAGCAGAUUGCUCUUGCUGUGUAAAUAUGGUGAUGAAUUUGCAAAUCAUCACAUUGUUGGACUAUAAUUCAUAUGUGAGAUGGAAGAUGAAAUAGACUAGAGAGAAACCCUUCAUUGCCCAGGAUUAAAAGUGUUGGACCGCAAAUUGGACAAUGUAAGUUUUUGAGUUGUGAUUGUGUCCAACCAAUGCACAAUGCCUUGAUCGGUUGUAAUGUGUUGCUUGUAAUAUGUUGUUUUUCCACUUUAAGUUUGUGCUUGCUUCUGGCUUAGGUGUACUCUUAGUUUUUUCAAAAGUCCUAUUUGUAGUCCCUCUCUUUGAUGAUGUUGUUAUUGGUCCUACCACUGAUGAUGACUCAUAAAAAGAAGUAUCUAGAACUUGGUGAAUUUUUUCGUCACCUUGAGAUUGGGACAUAUAGCCUAUCAUUGUUGACUAACAGUUUGGUGGAAACAUAUAUAUCUUUCCUUCAUUAAUUUUGACCAAUAUAUUUUUAUUGAGAUAAAAAGAACAUAACUAAUGAGAAAUCAUGAUCAAUCUAAUCGUUUUCUAGCAUCGUUAAAUCUACUAGAGAAUAAUGGUAAAAGAAUCUGGCACAUCUCUCUGUUGCAAUUUUUUUCGACACUAAUUUUAUGAAUUUGGAUCAGAGAUGUUCUUAGGUUAUGCUUAGCUAAACUGAUUUAUGGGUUUGCUGAGCAGUCCUGGCCGCAGCUCUUAUAGAUAUAAGUUAAAAAUUGGGUUGGGUUAGCUAACCCAAUUUGGAUAUUCUUCUUACUGCAUAGAAGUUAUAUUUUUUUCAUGCAAUACGUACAAAGCAGGGUGACACAGCCAAAGAUGUUCAAGUCUAUGCUUGCUUGUUGCAAGCUGUACAUAUCCGAAAGCAGAAAUCCCACUUCUCUAGCAUUGAUUGAGCAAGCAGCUAAAGCAUAUCCAGAAGCUGUUGUAAUCAAUAAAUUCAAGGAUGAGAUUUACAAUAGAGUUGGAUAUACACUUGUUUCACCUCUCGCCACGGACUCAUUGUCUGAUGUAACCCCAUUGAGUAAUGCUGUGUUUGAGAUGGUCAAGGCAGCAUUUGAGUCUAUUGAUCUUGAGACGCACUCUGGAACUCAUCCCCGACUUGGAGUCGUCGACCAUAUCUGCUUCCAUCCUAUGGCAAAAGCUUCCCUGGACCAAGCUGCUGGGAUUGCCAAGUCUGUGGCUGCUGACAUUGGCCACAAGCUCCAAGUGCCGACAUAUCUAUAUGGAGCAGCUAAUGAGGGAGGAAGGACUCUUGAUUCAAUAAGAAGAGAGCUCGGCUACUUCAAACCCAAUUCAGAUGGAAAUCAAUGGACAGGUGGGUUGAGAGCAGAAAUAUCAGGAUUGAAGCCUGAUGCAGGUCCUCUUCAGUCUUCACUAGCCAAAGGUGUGGUGGUCAUUGGGGCCACACGCUGGGUUGACAACUACAAUGUGCCAGUCUGGUCUACUAACAUCGAGGCUGUUCGUAAGAUAGCGAGGAAGGUAAGUGAGCGAGGAGGAGGACUUGAAUCAGUGCAAGCUAUGGGUCUAGCUCAUGGUGCCUACUGCACUGAAGUGGCAUGUAAUUUGCUGAAUCCAAGUAUCACGGGAGCAGAUCAGGUACAACACCAAGUUCAGAAACUUGCAUCGGAGGAAGGAUUUAAAGUAGGGGAAGGAUAUUUUACCGAUUUUUCCCAAGAAAAAAUCAUUGAGAUGUACUUCGAAUCUAUCUCAUGUGAUUCAACUUGAAGAUAAUCAACAGACAGUGGGGUGAUCUAUCGGCUGUGCUUUGUGCGUAAGCCUUUUUAAAUAAUAUAUUUAUAGUUCACUUUUGACAACUCGUGUAAAUUGAUGUCUACUGAAUGGAUUUCACAUAUUUUGAAGAGA